AUGGACGCGCGCGUUAAGCAGCUAGUUAAUCACAAUAAACUAUUGCACAUGUAUCCACAGUUGGGUUUUGUUUACAUGCAACUACAUUAUCAUUUACGUAUUCUGAAACAAAUUUUCUAUGUAUUAGAGGCGAUCGAGGCGCCUCAACCCCGGGGCAUUGAACUAUUCAAUGUAUUGCCAGCCUCCAUUGUGGCUUUUAUCAUCAAUGACGAAGACAAUGAAGUAGCUAACAAAAGUGUAAUGACUUCUUUGAAAACGCUGAAAGAAAAGUGUCCAAGUUGCGUGGGAGAAGUCUAUGUGAUUGAAAUAGAUAGUUAUGAUCAUAAUAGCACUAUUGAACGACUAUGUAAAAAAUGGACUUCGAUUCUUAAAGAAGGAAGAUCAGGAUCGAAAAUCCCAGAUUUAGUACUGGACAUAACAAGAACUGGAUUAGCAACAGGAUCUGUCAAUGCUUUUACUGCUGGCCUUGGCUUACCGACUGUUUCAGGCGAAUAUGGACAAAAAGGUGAUCUACGUGGAUGGAGAGAUCUUGAACCAGAAGAAAGUAAAUAUUUGAUACAAGUUAUGCCGCCAGCUGAUCUCGUACCAGAUAUUAUAAGACAAUUGUGCGAACGAUCAAUAGACAAUAGAGGAAUAAAUAAUAGGUCAAUUGACAAUGCAAUGAUUCUUUACAACGACGAUUUUAUGGUUGAUCAUAAGUACAAAAGUCUCCUGCUAAAUAUUCCAACACGUCAUGUAAUGGUGAACAUUAAAGAAAGUAAAAUAUUAUAUAAAGAAAUAGUAAAACUCAGAGAUUUGGACAUUGUUCAUUUUUUCAUUUUGGGCAAUAAUGAAACAAUUUGCACGGCUUUAAAAAUCGCUGAAUUGCAAAACUACACUGGACAAUUUUACUCAUGGUAUAUGAUAACGCUUGAUGAUUUUAAACCAGUCUGCGAAGGAAACAAUAUCACGAUAAUGUUCAUUAAACCGGUAAUCAGUGAAUCACAAUUAGAUAGACUUAAUUCGCUGAAUCUGACAAAGCCACUGAUAACCUCUGCUUUUUACUAUGACUUGACACAAAUUGCAGUUUUUGGAAUGAAAGCUGCUAUUGAUAAUGGAGAGUGGCCAGACACACGGGAACAAAUAACCUGUGAUGAGCACGAUAGUACAAAUACACCAAAAAGAGAUCUAAGUCUUUUACCGUUAUUGAUAAAUGUGACAAGGAGUGAAAAAUUCACACCAACGUAUGCACAUUUUAUUUGGGGUAAUGAGAACGGAGAACACAAAAUGGAAUUUAAUAUGACCGCCAAAAUAACAAAAAUACUGAAUAAAACGAUUGCAAAGAACGAGUUAGUCGCCACGUGGUCACUUGCUCAGAAUGGGAAUUUCGAAAGUGAAAUAAUAAAGAACGCCGAAAUACAAAAUCACACAGCAAAAUUGAGUUACCGAAUAGUAACCGUCAUUCAGAAACCAUUCAUAAUGUACGAUAAAAAAAAAGGAUGGACAGGAUACUGUAUUGACCUUCUGCACUAUAUCAGGAAUACAUCAGGUAUUGAUUUUGAGUACACAAUUGAAGAAGUUGCUGACAAAGAAUAUGGGAACAUGAAUGAAAAUGGUGAAUGGAAUGGAAUGAUCAAAGAGCUCAUAGACAAGAAAGCUGACAUUGCUUUGGGUACAUUAGCAGUGAUGGCUGAAAGAGAAAAUGUUGUUGACUAUACGGUUCCAUACUAUGAUCUCGUUGGUGUAACGGUCAUGAUGCUCAAACCAAGAAUCAGAUCCUCACUCUUUAAAUUCAUUACUGUUUUAGAGGGUGAUGUCUGGCUUUGUAUAAUGGCCGCAUACCUUUUUACGAGCUGCUUGCUGUGGAUAUUUGAUAGAUUCUCGCCUUACAGUUUUCAGAACAAUCGAGAAAAGUACAAGGACAGUCAUGAGAAACGGAUAUUUACAUUCAAAGAGUGUCUCUGGUUUAGCUUGACUUCGUUGACACCUCAAGGUGGAGGUGAAGCUCCGAGGACUCUUCCUAGCAAAGUUAUCACAGGUGUUUGGUGGAUUUUUGGAUUUGUCAUUGUUGCUUCUUAUACCGCAAAUCUUGCUGCAUUUCUCACAGUUUCAAGAUUAGAGGUACCAAUCGAAUCACUCGAUCAAUUGGCUGCGCAGUAUAAAGUUCAGUAUUCUGCUAUUGAGAAUUCCAGUGCUCACACUUAUUUUCGCAGGAUGGCUGACAUUGAGCAGCGAUUUUAUCAUGUUUGGAAAACUAUAACACUCAAUGACAGUCUUACUAUUAGAGAAAGAUCAGAUUUUGCUGUUUGGGAUUAUCCAAUAAGCGAUAAAUAUACAAAGAUGUAUGAGGCAAUGAAAGAAGCUGGGUUUGCAAAAAAUCUUCAAGAAGCAGUAGACAGAGUAAGAAGAGUUCAAACGACUAAUGAAUUCGCUUUUAUUGGGGAUGCAACUGACAUUAAGUACUUGACAAUUACGAAUUGUGAUUUGAAACAAGUUGGAGAAGAAUUCUCGAGAAAACCAUACGCUAUCGCUGUUCAACAAGGAUCACCACUAAAAGAUCAAUUCAACAAUGCAAUUUUAAUCUUACUAAAUAGAAGAAUUUUAGAGAAGCUAAAGGAUACAUGGUGGAAUCAUAAUGACGAAAAAAGAGAUUGUACCAGAGAAGGAGAUAAAAAUGAAGGAAUCAGUAUUCAAAAUAUCGGAGGUGUCUUCAUCGUUAUCUUCGUAGGUAUUACAUUGUCCUGUAUCACUAUGCUGCUCGAAUACUAUUUUUAUAAAUGUUGCACUAAAGCAGGAAAAAAAAUUAAGAAACCUGUUGACAUAACAGAUCCACAAACCGAAUCUUAUAAAAUCAUGAAGACAAUUGCUUUUACUGUACGUCCAGCUCCCACAAAGGAUUUAGAUCUUAGACCCCGAUACAGGUCGAAAUUGUAA